AUGACGAUCAAAGAAGAGCCCAAUGAUGAACAAGAGUACAGCCAGAAUCUCCCAUCAGCCAUUCCCACUCAAGACAUCAAGUAUGAGCCUAAGGCCGGAGAUGAUGUUGCUAUGGAGGACUUGAAGAUUGGAUCAGUCUUCUCUUUAACAGAAGACUCUUCUACGUCUUCAGCGCCUACUCUAGCCCACAUGAAUCUGCCUGCGUCUUGCUUCAACUGCAAACAGCCCCUGAUGGACGGAGAGACGGUUUUCCAGAGGCAAAGCCACGCUGAAUUAUUCUGCUCCACUCACUGCCUUUGGACAUUUUACCAAGUUAAGAAGACCUGCCACUUCUGCCUCCAGGGGAUUACACAGCCUCAGGACGUCCUCCAGGCUGAGGCGCAUAACGAGGGGACGGUUAUGGAUUUCUGCAGCAAGACCUGCCUGUCCUCCUUCAACUACAAGAGAGUUGUGUCGACCAAAAUUUCCCUCGAGCCGAUCCCAUCUCAGUCACAAUGCAGCGUGUGCACCAGAUACUGCAUUAGCAAACAUGAGAUCAUAAAGCAGGACGUCGUCCACAAAAUCUGCAGCGAGCCCUGCUUUCUCCGCUUCUGCAACAUCAACAAAUUGUCAAUUUGUGAGAACUGUCACUCCCGCUGCGACAAAUCAGUCAUGCUCAAGACGGAGGGCGGCAGCAUCAAACUCUGCAGUGCCGAGUGUCUGACCCAAUUCAAACAGAAAAAUAAGACUAUGCAGCCGUGUGCCAUGUGCCGCACCUCCCAUUUAAUGUCCGAAAUGUGUGAAAACCAAUUCAGCGAGGACCUGGUGGAGCUCUUCUGUAACUACAGUUGUGUGAUGGCAGCCAAGAUCCAGGCAGUGAACGCAGCAGGUACUCCACGAAAUUGUGACCUGUGUGGUAAGAAGACAUUACCAGCCUGCCACCUCGCCAUGUCAGAUGCCUCCAUCAGGAACUUCUGCUCUCUAACCUGUGCCAUGACUUUUAAGGAGUCCCAUAAAGACACGACUCCUGCCCCUACCUCAACAACAGGAGCCGCAGACCAAACCCAAGGCGACUUCCUCAAAGCACCAGAGACACUGCCCUGUGCCCAGUGUCGUCGCAAGAUUAAAAGUGCACCCAAAGUCAUCGAGAAAAAGGGAAAAAUAUUUUUUUUGUGUAGCCUGGUGUGCUCUCAAGAGUUUAAGAGCAUCAACAACAUCACGGGAAAGUGUGAAUAUUGUAAGAACGAAAGCAUCAUCGACGACGUCAAGAAGGUCAACGGCAAAGACUGCUACUUCUGCAGCGAUGGCUGCAGGGUGUUCUUUGGACAGGAGCUGGGAAAGAAGUGGGGCAAACACUGUGGCUCGUGUGCGCACUGCUCCUCCAUCUCUAAGGCGGUGGUGACGGCAAAGUUUGAAGGAACUGACAAAGAGUUCUGCUCUGAAAACUGCAGCUCACAGUUCAAUUUGCUCUACUGCCAUGUGAUCACGAGUCUGGUCCGAAACGUCAGCGGUAAAACGACAGAGUCCAGGUGUCUUCACAAACUGAGAAGAGGGUCGUCCCCCUCUGAGACGGAAGUCACAGUGGCAGUGCUGGCGUCCACAGUUGUAAACCGCUGGACUUACUCUUAG